CCUCCACCCUCAAUCUAACACAUGCCCACCGACAUCGGCAGCGUCCUGGCCUUGCUCGGCUCGGCAGUCAUCGUCGUCUACGUCGUCCAGCGCGUCGUAGAUGGCUGGAUGGUCAGCAAGUCAGUCGGCGACAACGCGGGACCACGCACACUUACAAGUGUGUCGAGCAUUCUCGCCCAUAUCCUUCCACCGAUGCCAUUCAUCCCGGGCAUCAAUCAUGAGUUCGUCGAGAAGUUCACGCUCUUCGAGAAAUAUGACCGCGACGUCCUUACAUGGGUAGCCUACUGGCCUCGCGGACGUGCCACCAUCGACAUCGCCAAUGCCGAGAUGAUCAAGGUAGCCUCCUUGUCCAAGGCGCGAUACCCCAAGGACCUCGAGCUUUACUCCUUUCUCAAGUUUUUCGGUAACAAUAUCGUCGCCUCCGAAUUCGACGAGUGGAAAUUCUAUCGUCGGAUCGCUGCACCGGCGUUUUCGGACCGUAAUAAUGCCCUGGUGUGGGACGAGGCUCUACAUGCGAUGGAAAGCCUCAUCGUAGACGUCUGGAGGAAUGGGAACGAAGUGCAUGUGAGCGAUGUGCAAGACAUAGCGUUAUCGAGUGCGCUCUUCGUGUUCUGUGGCGCGGCCUUCGGUCGUAGCAUAUCCUGGACAGAAAGCGAGGUGAUUCCGCCCGGCCACAAGAUGUCCUUCAAGGCAGCCGUGGUGUGCGCUAGUACGAACAUGCCACUGUAUUUCUCGACACCCAGCUGGGUUCCUGGAUUCAGUGAGAACUUGCGCAGAGCUCGGGUUGCUUUCGACGAGCUUGAGAAAUACAUCUCUGAGAUGGUCGAGGAGCGAAGAUACCCAAGCAAUAAGGAGGGGCGGUACGAUCUACUGACUCGGUUUUUGCAAGACAAUGAUAAGGAUGCAAGUGCGAUGGACUUCCGAGGCAUCCUAUCGAAUGUCUUUGUUUUCCUCGUGGCUGGUCAUGAGACUGUAGCGCACAGUAUUUGUUUUGCUCUGGCUCUUUUAGCGUUGCACCCAGAAGAGCAAGACAAGCUAUACGAGCAUGUCAGCAGUUUAUAUCCGAAGGAUGGGCGUCACCCCACAUACGACGAUAUGAACAAGUUUACGCGAACCAUGGCAGUAUUCAACGAGACGCUACGAAUGUUCCCACCGGCCGUAUCUGUCCCAAAGAUCAGCGCACAAGACCAGGUUGUGACCGGCACCCAACUGUCGGAUGGGUCAAAGAUUAGUAUACCCUGUCCGGUCGGCACCGCUGUCACCUUUUCUAUCACCGGAUUGCACUACAAUCCACGUUACUGGGACUCUCCGCACGAAUUCAAACCUGAUCGCUUCCUGGGAGAAUGGCCGAAGGAUGCGUUCGCGCCAUUCACGCUCGGACCUCGGGCGUGCAUCGGGCGCAAGUUCGCCGAGACGGAAGGUGUUGCAAUACUUUCCCUUCUUAUCUCGAGGUACAAGGUUGAGAUAAUGGAGGAGCCCCAGUUUGCGGGAGAGAGCAUAAGGCAAAGACGGGAGCGCGUCUUGAGGACGAAGGGGGGCGUGACCCUAACGCCCAUCGGUGUCCCGUUGACAUUUCGGCGCAGAGACUAAGAAUGUCCUCUGCGGAACUUCAGUCAACGUAUCAUAACAAGAAAAAUGACAAUCAAGCUUGCGACUGUUGGGUGACGCCUCCGACAUCCUUCAGGCCAAGUCCAAACCGGUCCACUACAAUCUGCACAAUCUCCAGCCACUCUGUCAUUGCGCCCAUACCUGGAGUCGAUGGGUCAGCUUCCACUUUCAAGCAUUAUCGUCUUGCCUAUUGGCC